AUGCGCUCGUCCGUCUUCUAUCAACUGCUGGCUCUCGGUCUGCCGCUCCUCGCCGCGGCUGCCUCGGACGACUCCAAGGGCAAGAAGGAGAGCCACGUUCCCUGCACCAUCCGCUCGCCAACAUCUGGCGCCUUCUUCGAUCUCAACCCGAUACAUGUCGUUCUGCCAGAGGACCUGAAGAAAGCAGCCAAAGACGCGCGAAACGAGUCCUGGUCUGCACGUGGUUACGACUAUGGCGCAAACUUCACCCUUAACUUCUGCGGUCCCGUGGUCGAGAAUCUCACAAAUGUCGUUGGUGUCGAUGAGGCGAGGUGGCAGAAUGUCAGUGCUUUCUACCAACUGGACGGAAAGACAUACAGUAUAGGCCAACAGAACUCCGAGCCCGUCUUCCGUGGCCGCAAGCUCGUCUUGAAUUACACCGAUGGAUCGCCCUGUCCAGACUCGCCUGUGUCCUCUCUCCUCAAUGCACGCGGCAUAAUCGGCGACGACGAUGACGACGAUGAUGAUGACAAGGACGGCAAGGACAAGGACAAGGACGACGAUGACAAGAAGGGUAGAAAGGGAGGCAGCAAGGAGCCUUCGACCCGUCUCACCCGUCGCAAAAACACAAUCAUCUCGCUGCUCUGCAACACCGACCCCUUGGCUGCUUUGAACACCGUCUCCUUUGUCGCAUCGCCCGACAGCUGCACCUACAUCUUCGAGGCUCGCUCCUCGGCUGCUUGCGGAGGCAUCGAAGUCGCAAAACAACAGCUCGGCCCCAGCGGCGUUUUCGGUGUCAUUGCCUUGAUCGCUGUCAUCGUAUAUGUAGUUGGUGGCUGCGUCUACCAGCGCACCGUCAUGCAUCAGAGAGGUUGGAGACAAUUGCCCAACUACUCACUCUGGGCCGGCAUUGCCAGUUUUGUUUCUGAUAUGUUCGUCAUCUUAUUCUCGUCGUGCGCCCGCUUCCUACCUGGCCGCAAGGGCUACAACAGAGUAGGCAACAACUUCGGCAACGGCUCCAGUGCCGGUAGACGAGGUCGCUCAAACUCGGACGACGAGAACCGCCUGAUAGACCAAUUGGACGAGGAGUGGGAAGACUAG